AUGAUGGAAGGUUAUAGUUACCCGUACGCCCCCCCUUUUCCCCCCAUCCCGGAUGGCAGCUACCCGGACCAUGGGGACGGUUUUGGAGACUAUUAUGAGAUGGGACCAGCCCACGAAUCUAAAAGUAGCAAACGAAAAAGUCGCUCAAAGCAUUUGUCAAAACGCGAUACAAGGCGGCCCCGGUCUCGAAGUAAGACGUCACUAUCUGACCGUUCCCAGUCACAGUCGAAGUCACGGUCGCGAACUAUAUCACGGUCACGGUCACGGUCAAGGUCACGCAGUCAUAGCAGACCGCGAAGUCGUGAGUUGAAUAUGAAAACGCCAAGCUUUUUGGAUGAUUUUCGAGUUAUGUACUUGACACCUAGUAAGCAUAAGAAGAGUACAACCAAAUAUUUAGCAACCAAAAAGCGGCAAGAUAAGGUCCAAGAAAUGCUGAAAAGCGACGGCCUAGGAUCCAAGCGGUGGCUGUUCUACCCACGGUCGAGCGCCCGUGACAGGCAGGGGCAGGUCACGGUCGCGAACGAAGUGCCAGCACCACGUGACAACUGCGAUCAGCGCGUGAAAGUUGACGGGCACUUUCUCAGGAAGUACAAAAAGAGCAAACGGGUUGACAGAGAUGCCCCGAUAGCCAAGCUAAAAAGAUGGGAGCUGAUCUUUUAUAAGAAACUAGGUUUUAUACACGCUGUGUAG